GCUAUACAGUACAAAGUUCAAGUAAAUCAAACUUAAAAACUCGAUCAUAUGAAUUUGUCUUUGCUCCUUUGCAAAUAAGUGUGUAAAUGUGUUGGCAUAGGUUUUGUAUGUGUUUGUAACAAGAUUUUUAGGUUAUUGAUUCAUAGAAUGGAUGUUUUAACCGCUACACAAAAGGUAGAGCAGUACCUUAAUGAAGAUGCGGUCCAUGUUAAAAAAGGACAAAUUAUGAAGUACUUAAAUUUUAAACAAUUUUAUUUUAUUUUAUUUUGGUGUUAUGUUUAUAUUAUAAUUAUAAUUCUGUAAAAAUUAGCUCUAUUCAACUUAUUAAACUACAGUUAUACUAUUGAAUGCCCAUUGGUUUAUUUUUACAAUUUUUUUUACCAAAAGUACCUACCCGCACUAUCAUCACUAUACUAUUAAUUAUUAUAUAGUAAAUAGUAUAAGUAUAAGUAUAGUGAUGAUAGUGCAGGGUAGAUAGUGCAGCGCAGUAUUUGUAAGUUGACAAAUGCAUUGAUAAGAUUAAGAUUUUACAUCAUAUUACAAAGACUAUGAAUAUAUAAAAUUGUUAAAAAUGGUAAUUUAUGGCAUAUUAUAGACUAUCUUAAAGUUAAAGUAAGUUAAAGCUAUAUUAAUGGCAGAUAUGGACAUGAUGGUGGCAAACUUUGAAUCUGCAAUGGCAAUGCAUGUUAUUGUUAUUAUUUAUAGUUGUUUAUUUUCAUCAUUCUUUAAAAAAAACAAUUAUUUACUUGAUUAGCUUUAGAUGAUAAGCUGAAAAAUGGAUGAUAAAUGAAGGACUGUAUUUCAAGCUGUGUGAUAUUGUGCCGAAAAGCUGAAUUAAUUUGUUUUCCAUUAUAACUCUCUCUGAUGUGUUGGUACAGGAAAUCAGUGCUGUGAUGGAUAAAUCUAAUGUCCUUUUAUGUUUAUCUCCCAGUGAAAUGUGAUGAGACCAGGGAAAGUUUACCCAGUUCAAUAUCACAAAGGUGUUCAGUGAACCUAUCUGAUAAUCUUCUACCAGUUUCAUCUAUAUACAGGAGGAGACUCUACAGCAUACAAUUGCAUAUAUCACAUUUUGACUAAAACAUGUGAAACCCUCUUUGAUGGUAAAAGUACCUUUAGGGAGGUUAAUUUUUUUUGGCUUUGAGUGUAUAGGGAAAAGUCCUAAAAUGGCUUCUUGAGCAUGUUUUAGUCCAAACGUAAGACAUUUCACAUGUGUUAGUCAAAAUAUUAUGUAUGGGAAUGUGUGCCAUAGGUGCCACUCCUGUGAUAUCUGAACCUGCUAACAGUAACAAUACAUAUGUUUUUUCACUUCUUGUAAUCUUGGUUUUGAAAAAUUCAAAUUCCGGCAAUAAAAAUGGUGAUCACUUAAGUUUUUAACUAUUCUCUAUUUCUUGUUGUAUUUUCAUUUGUCCUGUUUGCUGAAGAAGGCUCUUAGCUGAAACCUUCAUACCUUAUUGUCCUGUCUUUUGAUUUAAUCUUACACAUAACUUUUCCUACUAUUUCCUGAAAAAUGAAUGCAAUUUUUUAAAAUUUAUAAAAGCUAGUAUGGGACUACUAGCUAUAGCCUGCCAAACAAUGGCAGUCACACUGUGUGAGCUUCCCAUCAACUAAAGUUUCUUGACAAAACAUGCACUCAAGUAACACACUUUCUAAGAAUCCCAAUAAGUGUUUCCCCCCAUCAUAACUGCACAAUUUUUUCAUGCCCCUGAACUAUAUUAAUAUUGUAGACUAUGCAGAUUUAAAUUGAAACUAUUUCCAUUUAGACAAAAAUAUUAUGCAUCAAAUGCACCAGUAUUUUUAAGACUUUCAUUUAGCUCAGUUAGAUGGAAGUUUGUUCAGUGAAAUCAGCAGUAUCUGAUAGCGUUAGUGACAUUGGUACUUAUAGAAUUACAUAUUUUUAUUUACCUAAGUACCUGUCAUAAGUUUAGAGGGUGAAAGAUAGACUGAUAGCCUACAGACAGGUGGGGAAAAAAAAGAGAUAGAGAAUAAGAGAGAUAAGAGAAUGAAACCAAAGAUGCUGAAACCUCUACUUUGAGAAAGGUUAAACAUUGUUGAAUAAUCAUCUAUUUAUGAAUGUGAGGGGUAUAUUGAAGCAAUUUAGCUACUUAGCAUAGGUGAUAAUAUAUUUGGAACUAUCCAUACUUAUUCUAACCAUACCUUUUGAAAAUGAAAAAGGUGUAGCAUUAUUAUUAAUUAGUAGGCAUGUUAUUUAGGCCCAUCCAACACAAUGCUGUAAGUUUAAAUUGGGCAUUAUAAUAUUAACUGUACCUCUGCCAAGUUAAAAGAUGGUACUCAAUAUGUUCAAACAAUGUUUUUAGAAAUAUUUAUUCUACACUACUCAACCGAUACAUUUUAAUUUUCUUAAAGUUUUUUAUUUUAAAAUGUAGAUGGUAUUGUUUUUGUUAUUUUAAAAUUAAAUAAUGUGAAAAAUGUCCAAAAUAAGGGAACUAUUUAGAUAAACAGUAUUUCAGUAUUUUACUAUCAAAACUAUCCUAAACUUUUUGUUAUUUUCAUGAUUAUCAACAGCUUUGGGCAGAUGGCUAUGCAGUUAUUGAAGAUUUUCUCAAUGAGGAGGAGAUCCAAGCCUUAAAAACCCGUAUGCAUGAAAUUGUUGAUGGUCUUAACCCCAAAGAACAUCAAACUGUCUUUUCUACCACAAACCAUGAACAGGCAUGUGUGUGGGGACUUACUUUUGAAUGCUAGAAAUAUCCUGUUUUGAUUACCACAAUGAGAGUCAUAUAGUUUUUAUGUUUGGCUAAAGCAAAAGCUGAUUUUUACUAUUGAGGUGAAUGUGGGUAGACUUGCGUUAAUCAGCUGCUUCAUAUUUUAAAAAGAAAAAAUAAUUAUUAACUAAGUUUUGAAGUACUGUACUGCAACAAAAUAAAAAAUAAGACUCAAAUUUUGGUACUAUUUGAUGCUAGUUAGAUUAACUAUUUCUAAUUCUAACAGUUUUUAAAAUUCCGUUUGAAACUUUCAUUAUUGUUCCAUAGCCAGGUAUUUCUCCUUAAUAUUUAAAUAAUAUAUUCUUUCAAAGCCAAGUAUUUCUCAUUUAAAUUAUUUUUUUUCAGACUCGAAAUGAUUACUUCAUGAACAGUGGAGAUAAAAUUGCUUUCUUCUUUGAAGAAGAUGCCUUAGAUAAAAAGGGUGAGAACCAUCUGUUUAUAUUUAGUCACUAUUAUAUUUUCAUUGUAAUAAUAGAACUCAUGUUGUUGAUAAAUAUAUUUUUUUGUCUCAUGAAAUGGUGAGGCAUCUGAAUCCAGACCUGAAGGUGGCCUCUUUCCCACCUGUGAGCAAAUAAUACUGUAUUUUAUGGACUAUAAGACGCACUUUAAUUUUUAAGCAAUUUUUUUUUAAAAAUGCAAUUUUUACCAUUUUUAUUUUAAUUUCGAGUAUAAGAUGCACCUGAAUGUUGUAGGAAAUUUUUCAAAGAAAAAGUGUGUCUUAUAGUCCGCAAAUUCCGUUAGUUUUUUUAAAAAUCAAUCUCCAAACAGAAUUUUUGCAAAAUAGCUUUCAUAGCAAAUCCUCAGAUAGCCUACAGAGUGUUUAAAAGCUUUAUUGGGGCUCCCUUAAGCAUAGUAAAAACUGCAGACUUCCUGACCGACAAGAAGUCUUAAAAUGAUAACACAACAAACAAACUGUUACACUUGGGGGACAAGGGGAUGGGUGUCAGGUUUUAAAACUAUUUCAUAUCUUACAUUUAAUCUACUUAGUUUUAAUGUUUAAUUUUGUUCUGUGAGAAAAAAUAAUAAACAAAGAAAUUGUCACUAUCUUUUGUUUUAAAUAUAAAUCUGUUCCAUCUCUAUUUCAACAGGCAACUUGUUGGUUGAGAAGCAUCUGUCUGUCAAUAAAAUUGGUCAUGGUAAGCUUUCAAAUUCAUGUUUUUAGUAGAAUUAUGGGGAACAACAGGGUAGCAAAAAUUUAGAUGCCUUCAGAAAAGUUGAAGUCAAAGCUGAAUUUACAAAAAGUAAAUAAUUAACUCUAUUUGUGGGGAAUCUCAAAACAAAGAUCCACAGUUUCACGUUUAUAUAAACCUGUUCCUGUUCUUGGUUACAAAAAGUUAUGAUUUGUUAUCUUUCAACAAAAUUAUAGCUGUUAUAACAACUAUACAAAUAUUUUGUGUUAUUAGUGAAAUACAAAUAUUUUAUGUUUUAGCGCUUCACUGUUUGGACCCUGUGUUCUCAAAAAUCACACAAAGUGAACGAAUAAAGGUCAGUAGUUAAUAAUGAAAUGAAGCUCAGUCUGUUAAAGAAUAAUUCAGUCGAACGGAAGAAUUUUUUAAAAAAUGUAUUACAUCUUCUUCUAUAUUUUGAGGGUCCACGAUCAAUUUAUUGAUCAUUCUGGCUCCUGGUUUGAAUUCAGAGUUUGCCUUCUCUUAGAUGGGUAGCCGUCCAAGACUAACAAGUCCCAUCCACCCGGGGGGCUGGGGAUGUUUUUGCUUUGGUUGGAAUUGAACUCCAGACCACCAGCUAUUUGGAUUGAGUCAUUUUAGACAGCUCGGCCACUCAGAACCCAUAUUGUUCUCAUUUUAUUACCCGGUUCAAAUAAAAACUUCAUUUAACUUUUAAAAAUCAAAAUCAAGACAUUUCAAUAAAGGCAAUUAUGAUGGCAUUCAUUUAUAGAAAAAAUUAAUUAUAGGAUAUUUCAGUGUAUUCUAUGAUCAAGAUUAUGAAAUGUGUUCCAGUAAAUGCUAAGUAAAAAAUAAACAAAUUCAAAAACUAUAUUUUAAAUGACAAGAUUUAACAAUUAUUGAUUUUAAAUUUUUUUGAAUUAGAAUUUUAAAUCUCAAGGAUAUUGUUUUAAUUUUAUGGUCAUCUUCUCAUUUGUCUACUUCCAUCAGGAUCUGGCCAAAGCUAUUGGAUUUACUGACCCAGUCAUUUGCCAGAGCAUGUAUAUUUUCAAG